GUCUGAUAUACGCGUUGCGCUCCAGCUGAUGUCUUGCAAUGAGCAGUGUGUGUUGCACAUCGAUAAAACAAGAUGGAGCAACGCUACUGAAGUAUACAAAGAAAUACAUCUACUUCCUGUCUCUUUUUGCCUUCAAAUAACGCAGCACAUCUUCAGUGAAGACCAAAUGGCGAAUAGGCUCACAUGCGUCCUUUAAACGACGAGGACCUUGUAUGCGUGAGUUGUGAUGGGGGAACAAGGGGCACAGGAAAUGGAUAACCAGCUGCACAAGAGCCCCUGUGAGAGAUUCUACAUUCGGCGGACUUUCAGCUUUCAGUGGGGCGCAAGGCUCGGUGAACGUCUCAGACGGAAUUGCCCAAGAGGAACAGGCAUUAUGUGUCCCGUUUAGGACCAAGUUCUGCGUAUAACUUCGAAAGAAACGGCUCCGAUGUGCUCUGUACCUCGUCAAAAGAUUAUGCCAUUGUUUUCCUUCGCACCAUGGGGCCAGUGAUGGAGAACUACAGACAUAUAAUCCCUGACUGUGCUGAAAUCUGAUAAAAAACGGACUAUUUGAAACGCUCACUUGGUUGUUGUUACCUCUCCCUUUAAUUCACACUGGCGUGUGCGCAAUGAGAAAUGGAUAAAUUAACCAUUAUCUCAGGAUGUCUCUUUCUCGCAGCCGAUAUUUUCGCCAUCGCUAGUAUUGCAAAUCCCGACUGGAUCAACACCGGGGAAGCAGAGGGUGCUCUGACAGUGGGCCUUGUCCAGCAAUGCCAGACCAUUCACGGGCGAGACCGGACCUGCAUCCCUCCCAGCCUCCCGCCGGAGUGGGUCACUACGCUCUUCUUCAUCAUCAUGGGCAUCGUCUCCCUCACCGUCACCUGUGGUCUGCUGGUGCUCUCACACUGGCGACGCGAGGCCACCAAAUACGCCCGCUGGAUCGCCUUCACAGGAAUGGUUCUGUUCUGCAUGGCUGCUCUCAUAUUUCCCAUUGGAUUUUAUAUCAAUGAAGUCGGAGGACAGCCUUACAAGUUGCCAAACAACACUGUUGUUGGUUCCUCUUACGUACUUUUUGUCCUGUCUAUUUUCUUCACAAUAGUGGGACUACUCUUUGCAGGAAAGGUGUGCUUACCUGGCUGAUAAACUCUUUUCCACUGUUGUAGUUAAGUUGGAAAUAAAUCAAACCUGUAAGGGUUUCAAAGCAUUUCCACAAAAUGCUUUAACAAGGACAGGGAUAUGAGACACUUGUGUUUCCAGAAUUUUCCCUCCUGUAAUGCACUACGGAAGAUGAUGGUCCACUCCGCAAGGAACACGAAGAGGCGACCCAAACAGAAGAAUGCCGUCAUGCCAUAAACAUCAGGCUUGCUGUUCACAACAGCACAAACCAUUAAUAAGCUCCAGCUUAAAUCAUCUAUUAUCCUUAUUUGCAUUACAUUUCUAUGGUCACUAUUAUUUAAUAGUUCAGUUCUCUGAGCUUGUGUUUCAGCGCUGUUUUACUCUGCAAAGGCUACAGUUGAACGUUAGCUCUUAGCUUCCCAGAGAUGUCUAUAAGGGGUGGGAGCUUCUUGGAAAUGUAACCUGGGUGGAUGGAGAGGUUCACAAACAUCCAAGUGAGAUCCCUCCCAAGAGAUGGCUUGUGAAGAAUGAGGGAGAAGUAGUCAAAAGUGUUUUUUUUUUUCCUGUCUCUUUUCGAAAGGGAACGUAUAUAAAUAUUUAAAAACAAGCCAGUCAGGACUGCUGGUCGUGUGUAUGUGGGGCUGGCCACAGACUCAAGAAAGUGGCGAAGUGUCUCUCCUCAGUGGGCAGCCCUCACAAUCUGAUCAAUUGGUGGAACAGAACUGUAAAGAAAGAAAGCAUUUCCAAGGUCAUUUUUAUGUUAAUGAUUCAGUUGAGCUUACACAUUUGCUUUUCCUGUAAAUGCACUGCAUCAGGGUAUUUCACAAAUCUGUUGUUUUCUUACUCUAUUUGCUUCAUUAAAUGUGUAAGUCUAUUUGAUUAUUUUGUUGCCCAAGAAUCUGUAAUGGACUAUAUCAAUUUGAGGAAGCACUGUGAUGGAAUUGAACGACUUGGGCAAAUACUAAGAGCCAUUAUAAAUUGUUACAGACCAAAACUGACUUUGUGUUUUUGUUGCUU